GGAUGACUGAGUUAUUCAACCUGGUAUGGGAAGAAGAGAGAGUGCCAAGUAAAUGGAAUGAAUGUAGAGUGACUCUGAUCCACAAGGGCGGGCAUAAGAGUAAGCAGGAAUUAAAGAACUAUAGGCCAAUCUCUCUGGUAAACUCAAUAGGAAAAAUCUUUAGUGCUGUGUUGAAUGAAAGGUUGUGUAAAUGGAUUGAGAGUGCCAGGGUGCUGGGUGAGGAGCAGAACGGAUUCCGAGUGGACAGGCGAGCAGAAGAUAAUAUGUUUGUUGUAAAUGAGCUGAUUGAAAGGAAAAAGAGAGAGGGAGGGAAACUGUACUUAGGCUUCCUAGAUAUAGAGAAAGCUUAUGACAGGGUGAAUAGAGAUGUGUUAUGCAGAGUGCUUGAAAAAGUUGGGCUGAGUGAUAAGAUUGUUAACAUAAUUAGAAGUAUGUAUGUAGGUACAAGAGCAAAGUAUAGACUAGCUGAUCUAGAGACAGGUUGGGUGAAGAGUGAAAGAGGAGUGAGACAAGGCUGUAUAUUAUCACCAACAUUAUUUAGUCUUUUCACAGGAAUUAGCAGUCAGAAUGAGGAGAAUGAAUGCAGGAGUGAGAAUUGGAGAGGAUAAAGUAUGUGUGUUGUUGUAUGCGGAUGAUGUGGUGGUUAUGAGUGAGUCUGCUGAAGAACUACAGAGUCUCCUAGAUGUGGUAGGGGGUUAUGGAAGGGAUUUUGGGGUUAGGUUCAGUAGUGAGAAGAGCAAAGUAAUGAUAGUGAAUAGGUCAGAGGAUGAGAGAGAAACAACUUGGAGACUGGAAGGGGAUGAGUUGGAACAGACGGAAGAAUACAAGUAUCUAGGGGUGUGGAUGGAGGUAAAUGGAUGCGGCAGGGCCAAGAAUGUAAAGAUAAGUAUGGCAAACCAGUGGGUAGGCCGUUUAGGGAGUGCAGCGAGGAUGAGAGCGAGCAAGUAUGAUGUCAUCCGUGAGGUUUGGAAGAGUGUGGCUGUCCCGAGCAUUAUGUAUGGAAUGGAUGUGAUGACAUGGAAUGACAGUGAGAUAGAAAAAUUGGAAGUGGGGCAGAAUAGGGUAGCAAGAAUGGCACUGAAUGCACCAAGGUUUGCAGCAGUAGAGGCUCUUAGGGGGGACAUGGGAUGGAGCACGUUUAGGGAAAGACUAGUAAAGGCAACCUUGAGAUAUAAAGUGAGACUGGAACAAAUGGAGGAUGCAAGAUUAGCAAGGAAAGUAUACUUGUGGAGUAUAAGAGAUGGCAAAUGGGCGAAUAAAUGUGGGCGAAUGAUAGACAGGAAUGUUAUGCUAAGUAGGUGGGUGUACCGACCCUUUGAAGAUAGACAGAAUGUGUUUGAAUGGAGAAUAACAAACAGAAAUGGAGAGGGGUUUGAGUGGGAUGUAAGAAAGUGGAAGAAUGUGAUAGAUAUGGCAGUUAAAGAUGAGGGAUUGAGCAAGUGGAAGAAUGAGAUGGAAAGAAAGGAAACUCUCGACUGGUAUAGGGAGAAAGAGGCCCCAAAGUGUGAGGUGUGGUAUGAGGGAAGCCUGGGAGGUGAUCUUCUUUUCCGUGCUAGAGCGCAGUGUCUGGAUGUGAAUGCAAGGAACUAUAGAUGGUCUGAGUCCCGCAGCAAAGUGUGCCAGAUGUGUGAUAGGGGUGUGGACGAGACUGUGCAGCAUGUAGUGCUGGAAUGUAAGAAGUAUGACAGGGAGAGAACGAAGAUGAUGCAUGUGUUUCUGAGCGAGAUGGGACGUGGAGUAAAUGGGAGGACUGGAAGGGAGUGGAUGGUGCUGCUGCUGGGGCUCAGUGGAGAGACGAGUGGACGAGUGAUUGAGGCAGUGAAAGAGUUCUUGGAAGGCAUGUGGCGUGAAAGAUGUAGGGAAUGAUAUCUUGCCCCGAGAACUUUGACUUCCCGCAUGUUUUGUUUUCUUUUCACAGGAGCUGCCGCUACAAAGGCCUGGCUGGGGAGAAAUCCCGAGCCACCUGUGACAUCAAGAUCAAGAUCAAGAUCACCCCAACAAGCGUGAAAACACUUCCUCAAUAUAAUUUAAACCCGUAAAAACAGUAAUCACAUUUUCGUCAAGCAUUUCCCGCCAUUAAAACAUACAUAGAACACAAAAUAAGGAACAAAAUAACACAACACGAUACAGGUAACAGGUCAAAGAAGAAGAAGAGGAAGACAAGAUGGCCGCCGACCUCUCCUUUCCAGGCAAACACACUAUUUUACCGUUUUCUCUACUUGUAAAGCCUGACGGAGGUGUCUGAGGCGGUAUAUCAUGUGGUAAUGGUUCUCCACGCCUUUAGAAACCCACAGUAACCGCCGGAGACCAAGAGAACACGGAGAAAACAGGGAGUGGAGAUUGUGGGCGGAUUUUUCGUGUUUAUAAGCUCAAACUCCAUCCUGGAGCUCCAGAAGAGGCCCUCUGGACUGGGGCCCAAGCAGCGGUGGACUCUCAACAACAACAACAACAACAACAACUCUGUCAAGUAACCCAAGAGAGGAGGAAGAGAAUGGACAAUUUACAACAAUAUGCACAGACAACAAGAAGAAGAAGAAGAAGAAGAAGAGCAAGAAGAUGAGGAGGAGGAAGAGAAUGGAAGAGAAGGAGCAGCACACACUAUUGACACUAGGAACUGAAGGAGAUGAGGAGGGACAGAGCGCGUAGCUAUCAGUAAACAACACCGUCACAAUGGAUAAGACACGGCCCGAAGCAUGACCUCUCACCCGGGUAACCACCAGGUUUUGACAGCACGAGAAUGACAGGUUGAUGUCAAGGCAGUGAAUGGCAUCAUGUCCACUCCACCAACUAUACCUCCACAGCACACACACCCUUGCCACCUUGUUUGCCGCAGCGCACGCCUCCUCGUCUUGUGGGAAGGAAAGCACCAUCACUCUGGGUCCAGUUUUGAAGAUUCCCUCCCAGUAAGGCACACAGCACUUGUAUGGCAGUAUUGUUAUCUGGCACUGCCGACACUUCCUGAACGCCUACAACAGCACGCUUGGGGACAGUCGACAGGUGUUCGCCGUGCCCUGCUACACUAUGCACAUUGGGAACCUCAAGCUGUGCAAGCCUAAGUGUGAGUUACCCGAGGGUUUGGAUUGACUUCAACCUGGGCACCUCCUCCAUCCUCAUCCUGUGCCAGGUGGAGAGCACGCCCCAGCCCUCCCACCCGGUACUGCCAGAAGAAGACAAGGAGGAGGAGGAGGAGGUGGAAGAGGAAUCAUUUGAGUGUGCAGUGUGCCGCAGGCAGACCAAGACACCAGAGAUGUCCGUUCAGCCAUUCAAUUCUGCCGAGGGAAAGAAGUCGUGUUAGUCAACUCUGAUGACUUGUACUUUUCUCUGUGGACUCUGCUGUAAGCCAGUCACGGAAGAUGUGAACUGUAUCUGUACUAUGAAGUCUUAUAAAUAAACUUAAGGGCCACA